AUGACAGAACUACAGGAUCAGAUGAGGAGCACAUCUGUCAAUCCGAACAGCUCGAGGAGAGUGAGCCGCACAGAAGACCUCGGCCCCUGUCCCAUUCCCGGACUGGCCCCAUCGGGCGUUCUCCACAUGAGAGUGAAAGAAGGAAGCAAGAUCCGCAAUUUGCUGCGCUUUGCCACGGCUCGCAUGGAGGGCGAGGGCAAAGACAGCCUUGGGACAUCGCCCAGACAGGUUGUCUUCACCGGCUCGGGCAGAGGGGUCACCAAGACCAUCACUUGUGCGGAGAUUUUUAAGCGUAAAGUGGGAGGACUCCACCAGGUGUCCAAGCUCUACUACAAGACGGUGAAUGAGGUUUGGGAACAUUCCCAGCCUGGCGACGCAGGUGUGACUGUGCAGACGACCGUCCCGGCCAUCUGUAUCCUGCUCUCCAAAGACCCUCUAAAUCCUCAGGAGCCUGGCUACCAACCUCCACAAACUCUUACCACAGAGGACCUGUGUGGGACAUGUGGUGGCAUGCACAACACGCCUCAUGGUCCACCCUCAGCCAAGAGACUCUGCAUGCAAGAAUUUGUAUGCUCCUUCACCUCCUAA